AUGCUGGCUGCGGCUAUUUUUGCUGUGAUGAUCACUGCGCAAUACCUGUUACCAAAACGUGGUCAAUCCGGCGUUGGUCCUUCCCCUGAGUCACGGUCCAACCCCCGGAGUCAACCCCCGAUUCUUGUCAACAGCCAAGGUAAAAAAGCAGCAACCGGGCCUGUUGCUACCCUUUCAAGGAAUACCAAGCGUAAUGGGCGCCCUGAAGAUGACAAGAUACGAGCUAUGACCGAUGAUAAGGUUGCUGAACUUGGAGCCCAAGGCGCAGUUCCCCUUUAUAGCCUCGAAAAACUUCUCCAGGACCCAGCAAGAGCAGUAAAAGUCAGGCGAAAGGUCGUUUCUCGUUAUGAAUGCAUAUCUCAGUCGAACUUCUCUUUAGAAGGCUCUCAUCUUCCACACGAAGGUUAUGACUACGCAAAGGUCCUCGGUGCAUGCUGUGAAAACGUGAUUGGAUAUAUGCCUCUUCCGGUUGGGGUUGCAGGACCCCUGAACGUGGACGGAACCCGAGUUUUUAUCCCUAUGGCAACGACUGAAGGCGCUCUUGUGGCCAGUACAAACCGUGGCUGCACUGCUAUUAAUGCUGGGGGUGGUGUUGUCACUGCCCUGUUGGCCGAUGGUAUGACCCGGGGGCCAACCGUCCGUUUCCGCGACCUUCAACGCGCCAGCGAGGCGAAGGCCUGGUUGGAUUCUGAGCAUGGAUACCGAUCAAUCGAAGCAGCUUUCAACUCUACUAGCCGCUUCGGUCGUCUUCAAAGUGCUAGAUCCGUCAUUGUCGGUUCCGAGCUGUUCAUUCGCUUCAAGUCAUUCACGGGCGAUGCUAUGGGGAUGAACAUGAUGUCAAAAGGCGUGGAAAAGGCCCUGGCAGCGAUGGUGGAAGGCGGGUUUGAGGAUAUGCAUGUUACGUCACUCUCCGGAAACUAUUGUACUGACAAGAAAUCUGCCGGUAUCAAUUGGAUUGAAGGACGUGGUAAAAGCAUUAGUGCACAGGCAACGAUACCCGGAGAUGUUGUCAGAACAGCAUUGAAAACUGAUGUGGAUACAUUGGUUGACCUCAAUAGGAGCAAAAACCUGGUUGGAAGCGCUGUUGCAGGGUCCGUUGGAGGCUUCAACGCGCAUGCCGCAAAUAUCGUUACGGCCAUAUUCAUUGCUACAGGCCAAGAUCCAGCUCAAAAUGUUGCAAGCAGUAGCUGCCUGACCACCAUGACGAAGGUCGGUGAAGAUCUCCAAAUUUCCGUUUAUAUGCCCUCAAUUGAGGUAGGAACUGUUGGAGGCGGAACGAUACUCGGUCCUCAGCAGGCAAUGCUUGACUUGAUGGGUGUACGAGGUUCGAAGGAGGAUUGCCCCGGAGGGAAUGCACAGAAACUCGCUAGAAUCGUUGCCUCAGGAGUGUUGGCGGGAGAGUUGAGCCUAUGUUCAGCACUUGCGGCUGGUUCGCUGGUCCGAAGCCAUAUGGCGCAUAACCGAAAAUGA